AUGAGUGAAGCCACAAACGCAACAAUCCGGGGUGCAGCUAAGUACGGUGAAGAAGCAGACAAUCCGAACGAGGAUAUAUGGAUUUUCGGGUACGGGUCACUGGUAUGGAAGGCCGAUUUCCCCUUCGAAGAAAAGCGAACCGGCUACAUCAAAGGAUUUCUGCGGCGGUUCUAUCAAAACAGUAUUGAUCAUCGUGGCACAGAAGAGCGGCCCGGACGUGUGGUUACCUUGAUCCACUCAGCCGAUCCCGAAUCGAAGGUAUGGGGCAUGGGCUAUCGGAUUGGCGCAAAAGACAAGCUACAAGUACUGCAGCAUCUCGAUCACCGAGAGAAGAACGGAUACGAACGACAUUGUGUUAGCUUUUAUCCGUACCCUUGGAGCACGGAACAGUUAAACGAUCCACAAUCGAUUCUGCUGUACGUAGCGACACAAGACAACCCAUCAUUCGCUGGACAGAGCGAUACCUUAGAGCAGAUUGCGGAACAGAUCCUUGCGUCCGUUGGUCAGAGUGGCCGAAAUCCGGAGUACGUGUACCGGCUGGCUGAGGCAAUGCGACAACUGUACCCAGGUGAACGGGAUGACCAUCUGUUCGAGCUGGAAAAAUUGCUGCAGAUGCGUGAUCCACUAGCAGCUGUGCAACGGAAACCAGAACCAGCCUGCGAGGGUGACGGCAAUCGGUCGGAACUCAGCAAGGAGGGUUAG